AUGAAGUCAAACAUCACGUUUAAUAAAGCUAUGGUAACAGCACAAAUUAAAGAAGCAGCAAUAACUGGCAUUACCGAAGUAGAUAACAAAAGUGUGGUGAAAAUGGAACCAGUAGAAGAAAGAGAAGGGUGUCAAAUAAUGAGUGGAAGUUGCAGUAAGGAAAUAUUGCAAGUAUCACAGCGUGGGAAUGCUAGAACACAUCAACAAGAAUGA